GCGAUAUUGCAGGUAUUAUAUAUAGACUGGUAUUACAUAUCUUAUACAGAGACUAAUACUGGACGUGUACUACAUCAGCUUAAAGCCUUGCGAGUCUAUUCCUCUUGUGACACAGACAGUAAUUUGACAAGCAAAAGUCAGAAGCAGGCACAGAUAUAUCAAAAUGGUAAGAAAAAUAAGUACUUAGUUGAAUGCUUUUAUAGCAAAUAAUGAAUAUGUAGGAAUGUUUGUCAAAAAGUAAGUCAGUACAGGAAUUUUUUUAUAUAGUGAUAUUUUACAUGACAAUCAUUAUGUUGGUUAUUACAAAUGAUUUUGACUAACGCCAGACGAUUUUUCUUGGCAUUGGGAAAGUUGUGACGUGGGUUGAGUAAUUCUUUGAAAAUAUAUAAAAGUGUAAAUAAUUGUCGUUGCAAUCGUAUGAACUUAUAGCACAGGAUUUCCUGAAUAUAAGCGCAUGCAUUUAUUCCAUUGAUAAAGGUCAUAAAGGGACAAGCCGAUUCGCUUGUUAUAAUGCGUCGUUCUACAUACGACAUGUAUCAAAGGUAUCAAUGAAAAUUGUGCUGAAGACUGCUGAAGCUACCAGACUUUAGGUAAUUGACCACAUAAUCUUAAACCGGUUAAUCAAGGUGUCUUAAGGUGGCUCACACUGACAUUUCUGCCGGCCUAUGGCUUGCCCAAUUGUGAAAUAUGUAUACCAAACUAACCAAAGCCAAUGGGAAUGAACCAACAGAAAAAAUAGGUUAUUUGAUAUUUGAGUGUAUUAUGUAUUAUAUAUGAUGUCUACCAGAGCUGAACGGAAGGAGGAAUCUCACAAUAAAGAAAACUAUGCAGAGUUUUGUAAUUUGUGUAAACAUUGAUUAGCCAUGCCAUCACAUUCCUGCUAGAAAUUCGUAGUAAAGAUUUUGACUUUAAAAACCAUAACCGCUGAUCUGGAUGUAUAAGCCGGUGAACGAGAAACUCGAUAACCGCGCCUGCUAUAAUCUGUGAAAAUUUGUUUCUUGUAUGUUUUUAUCCAUAUAUCAGACUAUAUAGCAGUAUGGAACUUACCGGUGCAUAUUUUAAAUGUUUUACAGCGCAGUGUGGGUGAGUGGUAAGGUGACCCAUACUCAACCCUAACCUUCCCUUUGAGUGGCCCACACUGGUGAGAUUUAGGUCACUCAGGGUACGGGUUACGACCCAGUCUGAACCACCAAAUGCCCCCCCCCCCCACGCAUAUAUGUUAAAACUUAAAAUAUGUUUUGAAUGUUACGCAGCACAUUUCUUUAUACUGCGGUAAAUCAUGCAUGCAAUGUCAUUGCCAGGCUUUAUCGGGUCUUAUACGCACAUUUUCGCCCUAGUAAAUUAUAUUAGACUAAACAAAUAAUAUAGCACACUUUCAAAGCUAAUAACUAUAUGGGUGGUAGUAUAGAGAUAGGUUAUCAUUUUAUCAUUCGUUGAUUCAUGGAUAACGCUAGAAAGCCUGUGCGGCAUGAUUGAGAUAAAUUAAAUAUAUAACACAUCAUUGUCUUUCACACAAUGUCGACCAUCAGGACGUCUUCAACGAUGCAGUCAUCAAGAUUAACAAUUCACAUGUGGAAUACGAUCAAAUGCGCUUCACAUCAAGUAUUACCGACGCUUACUUAAUUAUAUACUUAGCCUAGACUAUUUGAUCUUUACAACAAUUGUGAUAUUACUUUCUUAACUGUGUUUACUCCUAACCUGCCCUGUCAACUUUCCCUGUGGGAGGAAGCUGGAGCACCUCACGAUUUUUUUAAAUGUCUGCGUGAGUCAGCGUGACUGACGAAGACAGACAGUCAUACUAAUCAUAUGUAGCAAGAAUCGAGCCCACGAAUUCAGGGGCGCUUGCUAUGACAUCUGCGCCACUGAAGCUCUUUAUGAGAAUGAAUGCGAGACAGAAAAUAAUUAAGAUAAUUGCUACAAUGGAGAGAUAAUAGAAGAAUAAGAGAAUCAGAAUAAUUUACAACAUCUGUCAUGACCAAUUUUUCUCCAGGUCAACUUAGGAACAGUUACGUAAUUAUUGAUAUGGCAAUAUGUCAGAUACUUCCAUUCACUGGAGGAUCAAGGUUGACCAAUUUUUAGCUAUAUAUAUAUAACAGUAGUUUUUACAAUCAUGAAAACUUGAUUCAGCCAUUACAAAUUGAACAUCAACUCAACAAAAGGGCGGGAAUAUGUUCAUAAAGUUCACAGCAGCAAUAUUUUGUUAAGUUAAUUCACCGCGAUUGUUCUCAUUCCCCGCAGGGUGAUAAUAAGGGAUAUACUGGAACAUUCAUACUGUGAAUGACAUUGAUCCAUUGCUUAUUUAAACAGUUUGAACGUGAAUUGAACUGGUAAAUAAAGCUCAAACCAAAUUAAUGAAAUUCAUCACUAAGUCUUGCAAACAUAGAGCGUGAAUAAAGCAAUGGAGCCCCAACGCAAACCAGACAAUGCCUGGGUGCAGCCUGAACGAAAUUAUAGUUUGAAUUCACAAAACAUGAAUAUAAGCUUUCUUGGUAUAAGAUCUUUAGUUAUCAGCCACAAUACGAGUUAAACGUACCGCUGUUAAGGCCAAUUGUGGUAAUCAGCACUCCACAAUUAUAAGGGCCCGUUUACAUUUGCGACUUUUGUUGCGAUCUCUACUGAGAUUUUCUACACCUCUGAGUAUAUGUACCCUCGUCUGAGCAUUCAUAACUCAUCCAGUCGUUGACAUCCAUCAUCAAAAGAAAAUCGCAACAAAAUAUUGCAAGUGUAAACGGGCGUUAAGGAAGUAACGACGAAACAAAUGUAUACACUUGAGUCUCGAGUAGCGGCAAUCUCUCUUAAUAUCGAUGUACCUCGUUCCUUGAUCUAGUGGUUCCAUGUCUAGCAAGGGUGCACUUCAUUAGCCACUUGCGCGAUAUUAGCUCGAUGCAUGGAGGUGUGAAGAUUGUGUGAUAAACAUUCCAAUAUUGUUGAAGGAUUUGGUCGAUGGAAUUCGAGUGGAAUUCUGUAAAUGUAUGAAAUUCACACUCGAGAUUUCCAUAAAAAAAAUCCUUCAACAAUUUGUUAUAUCAGGAAGUGUAGAUUAAGAUCCUACGACAAUGUUCAAUAAAUUACCGCAGUUUUUGUCCCAACUAUACCGGCAUGAAAAAACCAUUUCAACAUUUAUUUAUUUAUUUACUUUGCCAUCAUACUUAUACAUUCAUUGGCUGGGAAACCACAACAGCUAUUGCCAUGAAUUACAGCGGCCCCAAUAGUUAUGCAGAAACAAGUUACAAGGUAUACUAAACACACACAAUAAACAAUACUUGAACAACAGUCAUUACAUUUGUCUAAAAGCAGCAUGUCAAUGGAGAGUUCGUUAAAUUUCGAGCGGAAUUACAUUUCAUACACACACUUUUCCAUGUAUGGGGAUCCUCAACAUCGUAUGUAUUUUCUAAUGCUAAAAUAUAGUACUUAAAAAGAAGAUUCUUGAAUUCUGAAAAUGUUGAAUUGUUCUGAAUUUGUUUGCAACGAACCAUCUGACAACUAGCUAAAAGAAUCGCUUCGAUCAAACAACGAAAUAGAUAAUUCUUACAAUCUCAGAAAUAGAGAAACUGACUUAGCACUUCCUAUGCCAACGAAAGAAUUCGGCAAGAGGUGCUUUAACUAUAAUGGGGCCUCACUGUGGAAUAAUCUUCCCCAGGAUGCAAAAAAUUCAGAAUCGUUAAGCUCUUUCAACUGAAACAAUUUUAAAUCAGAGAAUUUGUUGAACCUGGCUCAUUAAAAUAUAUUAACCUCUAAGCAGUACAACUGUGCUAUUAUUCAAUUGUUGCCAAUGUGUUUUAUCCUGUAAAUAGUUCUAAAUCACGCCCCUCGUGAAAAUCAGCUUGUAAUGUUGUUGAGACUAGCGUGAAUAAAUAAAGUUUGUAUGUAUGUAUGUAUGUAUAUGUAAACCGAAGAAUCUUCGAGAUUGGAAACGACACUGAACCCGCCUCUUGCUAUCACUUGAGAUAUUGUUAUUCUCUUAAGAAAUACUCACAAAAUAUUUAUUUUCUUUUAAAGGCAAUCCAAAUGCUACUAUUGCUGAUCUUCACUGUCAACUUCGACCAAAUACAGUCAACGGAUACUGAAGGUACUGAUCUUUCGAGAACCUCUAGGUUGUGAGAGCCUAUUAUGACCCCAUGAUUCAAUCUUUCGAGAACCUCUGGGUUGUGAGAGCCUAUUUUGAUCCCACGAUUCAAUCUUUCGAGAACCUCUGGGUUGUGAGAGCCUAUUUAGUUUUUGGACAUUGAAUCUCAUGGACAUUGAAUCUCAUGUCGAGAUAUUUGGCUACAGUUAUCGUUCAGGAACUACUGUGUUUUGACUUUUAAGAUCUAUAUAGAAUCACCCAGUAGUUCAGGCCUUGCUACACUCUCUGUUCAGGCCAAGGCUUGUAGAUUUUAUUUCCAUGGAGGUAGUCAAGGAUUUGUGAAGUAGUUAAUAAAUAACUCAGAAGCCACAUUCUGUUCAGGGCUUCAGGCCAUGCUUGUAGAUUUUAUUGGGAGGUAUAUCCAAGGAUUCUUGGAACUAUAGCUACUCCAGAUUUAGAAAGCUCCACUCCACAUGACUCUGCGUGGAACUUUAGGUUCAGGAUUAGAAAUGAGUCUGGCGUUAGGGCCAGGAUUAGGCAACUGGUAUAUACAAGGUUGAGGUGACGAUUAAACUUGUCAGAUGAAUAACGUUUACCGUAACUUUUACAUCUGAAAAUUUCUUCCUUCGGUAAUCACAACCAGGUAAAGCACGAGAUCGUCUCCAAUCUUCCAGUAUAUCGGCCAGAAAGUUUAUAACUAUAGACAUAUCUUUAUAUAUCGAGUUUUUAGACGCUCUCUGGUUUAUUUCAAAAGCUUUCGACUGCCAGAUUGCAGUCUUCAACGAUUGUUUAACAAUGCUAAGACAACCGUUGAAGACUUUAAAUGUUUAUAUAUAUUCUCUAGUAAUCACAAUCCUAAAGUACAAGGCUACGAGGUCUAUCCUGUCAGCCAUUCUAGUGUUGAUUAAAUAUCUUCUUCGUCUUAGUCAUCCAAACCAAAUCAGGCAAGGUACGAGGUCAAGUGAAAUCUAGCAGUAUACCAGGAGUCAAAGCUCAGGCGUUUCGCAAUAUUCCCUACGCUGAAGCUCCAGUUGGUCCAUUAAGAUUCGAAAAACCUCAAGCAAAAAAACCUUGGAACGGUAAUGUUGCAAUUUAACAUUAUUUGUUGCUAUUAUUAUAUAACGGAAUCAACGAUCAUUUUGAAUCGGUGAUACAGAGGGACAGGAGAAAAUAUUGCCUAGAAAAUAUAUUUCUCUUCUUGGCAGCAAAAUCGAAAAAUAAACAUUUCCCGAGUAAGUCAACUAUAAAACUUCCGGCAUAUGUAGAUUUCAGAGAACGUAUGCCGGUAAUGCACAUUGUGAUAAACCUCAUCUCGGCACAAGACAAUCUCGACUUGCAAAAUGCUUUUUAAACAAUAAGUAAAUGAUAUAGCAUUCCAGCAUAUAACAUGGUAAGAAUUUCCUGUGAAGAUAUUUUGUUAAAUUUCCAGGCAGCCGUGCUGUUGGACAUCUUCCAGAGCAGGAAGCGACCGUUUAUACAGAUGGUUAACUGAGUUGUAACAUGGUUUCUUUCAACCAUUUUUUAUCGUAGAGACCCGUAACUCAACAGAUGUCAACAUCGCAUGCUUUCAGAAAUAUAUCUCAGGAUAUAACUUAACAGAAGAUUGUUUGAUAUUGAACGUGUGGACACCAUAUCCAGCCCCUACGAAUGCGACUGUCAUGGUAAGAUCAUCAUUACGAUUACGACUAGCAUUUUAAAAGCGCAAAUUUUCAUGUGGAUAAUGUGGAUAAGAUCAAAUGGGCUUUACAAGUAUUAGCCAUUCCGAAGUUGAUGAGUGGACUGGGGACGAGUGUUAAAAAGUGCCCAUAUUAAGAAAUGAACCAAAUCACUAAAAAGACCACCUCAAAAUUAAUCAGUAUGCAAAGUUUGAAGACGUUUACAUGAAUAUCCUUCGAAUAAUAAGCUUUCGAAAACGUGAUAUUUACUAUGAAAUGUAUUGUAAUUUUUGUUUUGGGACGCGCGUCCCAAAAGCAAUCUUUUAAUCAGUAAUUUCACAAUUUUCGAAAGCUUAUUAUUCGAAGGAUAUUCAUGUAAACGUCUUCAAACUUUGUAUACUUAGUAAUUUUGAGGUGGUCUUUUUAGUUAUUUGGUUCAUUUCUUAAUUUGGGCACUUUUUAACACUCGUCUCCAGUCCUCUCAUCAACUUCGGAAUGGCUAAUUAUAUACGUUUACCUAAUUACAUAUACUGAGCUUAGAUUAUUUUAUCUUUACAACAAUUGUGAUAUUACUUUCCUAGCUAUGUUUAUCCUAACCCACCCUGUCAACUUUCCCUGUGGGAGGAAACCAGAGCACUGAAGAAAGCCCACGACUUUCGGCAGAGCGUUGACUCUAUUCCCAUGAGUCCGUAGGGAGAAUCAAACCCAGGACCUUAGAGGCGACAGGCGCGCGCUCUGACAACUGUGCCAGCGAAAAUGUCGUUUUUCCCUCAGAAUAUCGAUCUUCCAUUUCCUCUCCAGGUCUACAUUCAUGGUGGUUCGUUCAGAAGCAGUAGUUCAGGAGAGCAAAGACAUAACGGUGCCAAUUUUGUCGCGGUUGGUGACGUCAUUCUAGUAACUAUAAACUACAGAUUGUCCGCGCUGGGAUUUCUUAGUACUGGGGACGAAAGGAUUAAAGGUAGGAAAAGACUGCAAUAUAUUAGAAAGGCUCAGAAUUGACGGCCAUAAUAAUAAUUCUGGCCAUAGAAAUUUGGUCAUCCCCAGAGGGUUUUGUAGUUGGAAAGUGGAUGCGAACCUAACACCAGUUGCGAAAAAUGCAAAUGUAGAGUGUUUGGUGUUCCAAUUCAAAAGAAUUUUAAUUAGACUCUUUUGUCUGGAACACCACCAUGGCCGCCAUGGCUUUUGUUGAGUUGGUCGCCGGGGAAUGAGUACAAACGCUCUAUAGGUCCUCUGGCAGGAUUUGAACCAACCUCGUACCCAGGCUCUUUCCACUGGAAUUGAACCUGCGGCCCUGCGAUUCCGGUGAAGAGCUCUAACCUUGAGCUACAGACGCCAGUUGUCGAGUUCUAACCACAAGUUCAUGUUUAUAAAUAUUCCAGGAAAUCUUGGUCUGUAUGAUCAACGUCUGGCUAUGAAAUGGGUUAAAGAGAAUAUUGCUGCAUUUGGUGGAAACGCUAAGACAAUCACAUUAUUUGGACUAAGCGCUGGAGCAGCAAGUGUUUCAGCACACACACUAUCUCCAGAGAGCUGGCCUUACUUCGACCGCGUUAUACUACAGAGUGGAAAUAUGCUUACACCAUGGGCUCUUCUGACUGAGGUAAUCAGGGUUUCCAAUAGAGUUUUUGAAAGAUGUAGGCGGGUGCCCGGCGGUCCAAGGGCGUCUCCCUGUGAAGAUUGUAAACCAGCACAUGUAACCACGCUUGUCUUUCAAGCUGGGAGACCUGGGUUCAAUCCUUGGUCUGACCUCUACUCAAGGUUUUAAAAUAAUUGAGGAAACUAACUUUACAUUAACAUCAGUAAAUGAUUUUGGAAUGAGCUCCCUCACUCUAUAAAGCAUGCAUCCAGUCUCACCGAAUUCAUAAACCUCCUCUUCGUCAUUACAGAAAUAAGCUAGCUUUGUAAUGUCCACCGUAAACUACUCUUGUGUAUUGUGUUCACAAGGUAUUUUAUAUUUUUGUAGUAUAUAAAGAGGGAGGAUUGUCAAUUGGGACGUUAGUCCUGUUGUCCUCUCCUGUCACUCCGUGUUAUCGUUAGUUUAGGUGUUGCAUGCAAGUCUUGUAUUUAUUCGUAAUUUGCAAUUUGUAAUGAAUGUGACAUAUUCAUUAAACUAAACUAGUUCAUUAGACUUUCGCGUCUUCGGCUCCGAUAAGGACGUUAAAAUCGUAGAUACCUCAGAUCCCCUAUCAAUAGACCUUUCCCCUUUUAAGUGAAAUUUUGAUCUGGACAAGUCUGGACAAAAAUUGCAUCACUGCUUGAAAGAGCAUCACAAAAUUAGUAAUAUUCCGAAGUUUCGUUGCAAAAUGUUGUAAAAUGCGGAUAAUAUAGCCUUGCGAAGUUUGCCGUUUUUCAGUCAUUUUGUAUUACAAACAGGAAAUUGAUAAUCAGUUUGAUCAAACUGAUGCAAAAUGUUAGAUUGUAAUGCAAAAUGACUGAAAAACGGCAAACUUCGCAAGGCUAUAUUAUCCGCAUUUUACAACAUUUCGCAACGAAACUUCGGAAUAUUACUAAUUUUGUGAUGCUCUUUCAAGCUGUGAUGAAAUUUUUGUCCAGACUUGUCUAGAUCAAAAUUUCACUUAAAAGGGGAAAGGUCUAUUGGGACACUCCGUCUUUGAAAUGUCAUCGUUAGUUUAGGUGUUGCAUGCAAGUCCUGUAUUUAUUCGUAAUUUGUAAUGAAUGUGUUAAACUAAACUAGUUCAUUAAACUAUUAGACUUUCGAGUCUUCUCGGAUAAUGACGUCAAAAUAGGCACCUCGGAUCCCCUAUCAAUUGGGCAAUCUGUUGGGAAAUCCGCUGACCAACGAGUGAGAAAAUCAGUAAACAUUUAUCAGGUCUGCCAUACGGCAUUAAAUAAAUUGUCUUGUCUUUUAGGCUGACAGAAAAAGGGUGGCCGACAAUUUUUUGAAGGCAGUAAACUGUAACAAUGAUGAACGUGUAUUAGAAUGUCUGAAGACCAAUGUCACGAAAGAAACGUUGGAAAAAAUCUACAAAACCAAACCAUUUCCCUUAGAGAAGCUCCAAUUCUCGCCUGUAGUGGACCGUGAGUUUCUUAAAGACCAUCCACUUAAACUAUUCAGAUCAGGGCAAGUGAAAAACUCCAGAAUAUUGCUAGGAGUGAUGAAAGACGAAGGGUACUUCGUGUAUGAUACGAUACUAUGGCAGACUAGAGACAUCGCCACUAUCACUCAACAGUUCAAAAACAGCGUGAGGACACAGUAUAAAAACAUGACCGCAGUUGCUGAAUACGCAAUACAGCUCUAUACACCCGAGUGUACGCCGACAUUUAUCGAAGCAUUCCGACCACUAGUUGAUAUAGCGUCAGAUAUUUUAUUCACUUGUGCGACAAGACUAGAGGCAAUUCUGAGAUCCACGAUGAUGCAGGAAGUUUAUCUCUACCGGUAUUCUUACCCUACUCCUGUACCAAAUAGUGCAUAUCCCAUGGGGCAGUUGGGUUUUGCUGCCCAUGGUGCAGAUUUUUUGGUAAGUUUAGCACGACAUUGUGACAGCCUUAGAUUCUUGUUUUAAGUAGUUCAUGUUUUGCUCCUCUAUACUUUGGUCCUGUAAAGCUCACAAGCCUCAUCGCUCGACUCCAUCCACGGGAAUUGGAAGCCAAUAUAAGUUUUCAUUACGACUUAACGCUAAUAUGUGCAGAUAGAUUCUCCUUUUGUCAUGUUGAAACGUGUUAACUACUUGGGAACUUACCACGGGCAUCAGUUUAAUGUUCAUGUGGUGUGAUGCUUGUUUAUUGGUGGUGCAAAUGUUUUAUAAAGCUCACUUUAGCUGGACAACAUUAUAUAUUAUUUAACCGCGAAAAACAUCUGGCAGCAAACAUUUGCGCCGCUGACGUUUCCCGCCGGCUAAUUGUGAUAAUACUGAAAGACUUAGGGCUAAGUGAUCUCGAACUUUUCCUUAUCAAUAUUUGUGAGCUCCUACGCUUCCUCUAGUCCUUUUCAACACAAAGAACCCAUUGCAAUUUCCAAUUUCGUUUGUUUUUUAGUCUUCGUUUGGUCUUACAAUAAACCACCCCACUUUCCCUGCCGAAGAUCAGAUUUUGUCAAUGAGGGUGAUACUAUAUUGGACAAACUUUGCAAAAACUGGGUAAGUCAUAUGUAGGAAAAAUCACUCAGUUCAAGAUGACAAUACUAAUUCAGGAAGUGACAAGGUUAAAGACAGCGAGAACGUGUGUUAGGGUAAGGUUAAGGUUACAGAACACCCUUUUUGGCGUUUUGCGGAAAAUCGCUACUGCGCGCUCAAUAUCAGUCCGAUUUUAAUCAAAUUUUCACCAAACGUUCGCCAGUGCAUGCAAAAUAUGGUAAGUUGUAAAAUUAACAAACAAUAAAAUAAUGUAAGUAUUAUUCAGGAAAAUCUUAAAUCGCGGUACCGUUACGCUUUUGAGUUAUGUUCCUGCUGGUUUUAAGAUAUAUUUAUGAAAAUAUCAUUUUUAUACAGUAAAAUAGUUGUUCUAAAAAGUUGUGUUCGGAAAUUUUUGUUUAUUUCGUCAUUCCGCUGAUAUGGCGAUUUCUUUGACGACUGCGAUAUAUUUCCGAAUUGUUUGAGUGAAUUGCUCUUUAUUAUUAAAAUAUCCAAAAUUAAAAAAAAGCCGAACACAAUUUCGAAACUGACGUCUUUAGCUAUGUCCUGUGAAAAUUUGAGAAAAAUUGGUUAAAACCAGCAGGAGAAGAACUCGUUUGAAAAUCAGUAAUUACCGUAAAAUUGUUCGGGAGAAAAUUGAAUUUGAAUAUUACAUUUUCAGUGUUUUUUCUUAUUGCAGCGAAAUGUAUUUUAUUAAAAAAUAACUCUGCGAGUUUUCAACAUUUUUCGUUCAAACUUGGUCAGGUAGUAGAACUAGUCUAAUGCUUUCAUGGAAACCAAUAAAAAUUUUUUAGGCAAAUUAACACUCAAAGGUGUUCUGUAACCUUAACUAUACGUAUAGCAUAGCAUAUUACAAGGGCUUUCAGAAUUAUUCUGAGCAGGUGGCUGUGUUGAUAAAGUAGGUGCUGUGAGGAGCGGUCUAAGGAGUCUUAAUGCAUCCACAUUUACUAGACAUAAGUGUAUAUUGAUUAUUACACAACUGAGCUCUGGAAACAAAUUAUAAUAUAUACCACUACUGUCAUUCUUCAACAAGGUAACUUCAAGAUUUAAGAUGGCAAAUGUCGUUUUCGAAAACAACCAGGCCAUAAAGUAGACCAGGUUGAGGAAAAUUGCUAGUGGAGGAAGGAGAGUAGAAUUGAUAUUUCAUGUACUAAACAAAAUAAGUGGCGGUGAACCGGCUUAUUUUGAAAUCCCUGCAUGGUUUACGGCACAUCAACAAACUCCUAAUUUUCAAAUUGAAACUGAAUGCAUGUUGCAACCUUAUACAUAAGCCUGCGACUAAUUCUCUUUCUCACAGAAAUCCAAACUCAGGGAACACAAUGCUACCACUGGUCCUAAACAACGUAAGCUCAUUACCAACAUGGCCGCCACAUACCAGCAGCAAGGAAGAAUAUCUGGACAUGCGCAGUCUAUCUCAGAUGGUUGUUGGAACAAAAUUACGGGAAAAGUAUUGCGAAUUCUUGAUGGACCCUGCAGGAGUGAUUAUGAGAACUAGCACCAAUACAGCAUCCAGGAACUUUGGACAUCUCUUGUUAUUUGGGAUCGCAUUAUUGUACACCAUUUUUUAACCAUAGAUUGUUUAGUAUAAAAAUAUCGUAUGGUAAAUGAUCACUUCUCUUCCUCUAUCUAUCUAGUUCUACAUCUUCUAUUGCUUAGAGAUGCAACAUUUUAUAAACACGAGAAUCUUAGUUAGUAUAGAUAAGCAGAUAAUGACUGCAAAAACGCGGCUUGGUAAAUUUUUCUACACAUCUCUUAUUUAUAGGGUUAAGUUAGGUUAGCCUACAUCAGCACGUACGGACUUGCUACAAAUUCUUAAAGUAUUUGUAUCAGUAAGAAAUCACAAGGAGGAUACAAUAUUGCACAUCAUGUUUAUAAUAUUUAUAACUCAUAAAACCAAUAAUAAAUAAUGUCCUAUUUGCAAUUUGAAUAAAUUUCUAUAUAGCCUA